GCUGUGCCGUGCACUACCCGCACAGCACCAUCUCCCGUUACCUCUUUCAUAGCCUUCAAUUUUUUCAAGACGAAACUUCACUGGGAAGGAAAAACUGCAUAAUAACAGCAUGGCUUCCAAACCAAACUUAUUAGAUUCUUAGACUCCAACUCUUCGAUCCCAUUGAAAACAAACCGAGAAUCCUCUCUCCCUCUCCCUGUGUGUGCAAGCGCGUUCAUGUUCGCGCGUGGGCGUGUGGUCAAUAGAUGGAAUUUGUUGAGGAAGAGAUUCAAAAAGAUUGAAGAAGCACAUGGCAUUAGGUGAACCAGGGUAGAGCCUCGCAUGUCAUCCUUAACUGACCUCUUCACAAACUUGACUAUGUCCUCCACUACUAACCCUUUUGUACAACACAACCACUCUCCCUCUCCCUCUCCCUCUCCAAGCCAUUCUUCCUAUAUAAUGCCAACUCCCCCACCCCCUUCAUACACUCAAAUAACCUAACAAAAUGGCUUUGUUCCUAGCUCUUUGUUUGCUAGUCCUGAAGUUUUCGGUUACUAAUUCAGCGGAGGAAGUGCCAAACACUUUGAACGAAGCAUGCAUUGGCACCGGCGGGAGUUUCUUUCUGGAAAUUGGGAUUUACACAGACAGAUGCCCAGAGGCAGAAGCCGUCAUCUUCUCUUGGGUGGAAAAGGCUGUGUCCGAGGACCCAAGAAUGGCUGCUUCUCUCCUUCGUCUCCAUUUCCAUGACUGCUUUGUCAAUGGAUGUGAUGCAUCAGUGCUACUAGAUGACACGCCGAGUUUUGUAGGUGAAAAAACCGCAGCACCAAACUUGAACUCACUGAGAGGGUUUGAAGUGAUCGACGCAAUAAAAUCUGAUCUUGAAUCUGUUUGUCCUGAGACGGUUUCAUGUGCCGACAUACUAGCUGUUGCAGCCAGAGACUCGGUUGUUCUGUCAGGGGGGCCAGGUUGGGAAGUCCAAACAGGAAGGAGGGACAGCUUGACUGCUAGCAAAACAGCAGCAAACAACAAUAUUCCAGGCCCUAAUUCCAACGUGGCAACACUGGUGGCCAAUUUCCAAAACGCUGGCCUUACACUUAAUGACAUGGUCGCCCUCUCAGGGGCGCACACGAUGGGAAAAGCUCGGUGCUUCACGUUCGGUUCCAGGCUGAAUGGCAACAGCAACUCAAAUGGCCCGGAGAUUAAUGUCGAGUUUUUGCAAUCACUCCAGGAUCUAUGCUCUGUGUCCGACGUCAAUGCAACGCUAGCACAUCUUGAUCUUGUGACCCCAUCGACGUUUGAUAACCAGUACUACGUUAACCUACUUUCUGGGGAAGGGUUGCUUGUGUCAGACCAGGUUCUUGUGACAGGAGAUGACCGGACACGUGAAAUUGUUGAAUCUUAUGCGAGUGAUCCGAUGGUGUUUUUUGAGGACUUCAGGGGGUCCGUGAUUAAAAUGGGGAGCUUGGGAGUGCUGACUGGAGAGAAUGGUGAAAUCCGCACAAAUUGUAGGACUGUCAAUCAGCUUUAGUUCUUCGAAAACACUGCGGCUUUGCUUGUGGUGUGGUGUGGUGUGAUUUGGAAGCUCUCUGUAGUAGCUGGUUGUGUAAUCGAACUAAACUAGCAUGUAUUUUCUCUACUAAAGCUUUAUAUGAUAAAACGUUGGCAAA